GCAGAGUCACUCAGGACUCCUCUGUGGAGGCAGAUGCACUGCAGAAUCCUCUCCGUCUCACCCAAGACGACACAGCUAGGAGCUUCUUAAGACUACCAUCUUUCAUAAUGACUUUUACAUUUGACAGUAUAGGUGAGUGAGCGCAGUUGCUGUGACUCUUACCUGUUCUUGUCUUGCUGGAGUAGAGUUGGUUUCAGGACUGUCGGGGGAGCGGGGGGAGGUAGAGGACUUGUGCCUUCUGUCCUAGUCAGUUUGGUGCCCCUCUGACGCAGCACCCCUUCCGAUCGGUGCAAGCGAUCACAGCUCCUCCGACUGCCUGGCACGGCUGCAGACACCGGCACCGAGAGUCAAAGCACAGCCUGCUGAGAAGACUGUCAAGAGGGGAGAGGGAGGGAGAAUCUGCCUCCCAGGACUCUGCAGGUGUAGCUCCCAAUUCUGUCAGUCGUAGGUAAUCAUGGAAACUCCUGUCCAUCAACUUAGAAUUGGACCGUAACCAAGGAGCGUUGAUGUCUCUCUUUUGUCACGGCAACAAACACCAAAGUCUCUGAGGAUCUCCUGCAUUCCAUCUUUUUUGUGGUGUAUUUAUGUGUUCACUGGUCCGGAAGAGUACUAAUGUAUGUAUUAUUAAGAUGGUGUUAAUGAGCUUUGAAGGGGAUGCCCACAUCUGACAGAAUGGACGCUGGACGCACCGAUGGGCAUAGGGAUGCUACCCCCUCUGCCGUCUCCUGACAACGUGUUGUCCACCCUGUCCAUACCCCCUUCUGUGCCAGGACAUCGGAGCACGAUUGGCAACAGCCAGGGUUGGGGGAUACACAGUUGACACUGACAGGCAACCCUGGGGAAGUGCCCCCACGCAGCAAAUCAUGGCUCACCUCAAGGUGCUGGACUGCGUGAUGAACAACAACUGGAGCGCUCUCUGUGACCUGUACUGCGCCUGGAGCAAUCAGGCUAAACAGAAGGAUGGGCGUGACCAGAGCGAGGCAUCUGCGACGGGGUCCCCGGUUGGGGCAGAAGAGGAGCCCUUCUCCUGGCCGGGCCCCAAGACACUCCGGCUGCAGCGCACUUCGCAGGGCUUCGGCUUCACAUUGCGCCACUUCAUCGUCUACCCGCCAGAGUCAGCCGUCCACUCUUCCCUCAAGGAUGAAGACAAUGGCAGUCGAGGGAGACAGAGGAACAGGCUGGAGCCAAUGGACACCAUCUUCGUCAAGCAAGUGAAGGAGGGAGGCCCUGCCCACGGAGCUGGACUCUGUACAGGGGACCGGAUUGUAAAGGUGAACAGAGAAAGUAUCAUUGGAAAGACGUACUCCCAAGUGAUCGCUUUGAUACAGAACAGCGACACCUCGUUGGAACUAUGUGUGAUGCCAAAAGAUGAGGACAUUUUGCAGUUGUUUUCCAGGGAUAUCACUGCUCUGGCCUAUUCCCAAGAUGCAUACCUCAAAGGGAACGAGGCAUACAGCGGAAACGCCCUACACAUCCCGGAGCCUCCUCCCAUAUGCUACCCGAGGAUAGAGCCUAAAGCCCCAGGGAUGGCCCAGGCCUUGGACCUAUCCCCCUCCACAGAGGCCUCCCGGAGCGGCAGGCCGGCCCAAGCAGGGGCAGGGAGACAGGGUACCUCCACAGCAGGCCACACAGACAUGGGCUACCGGUUGGAGAUCCCUGUCCCCCCUUCUCCUCCUACGCAGUCCCCUAAAACCCAGACGGUGGUUUGUGUGUGCAACGAGAGUGUGAGGACAGUGGUGGUGCCGCCUGACCCAGUCGCGGAUCGGGGGCCCCGUUGUGUGUCUCGGGCUGGCCCCAGCCAUAGGACCGACGAGAACCGUUUUGGAAGUCCCCUGGGCUUCUCAACCAGGCCUAGAAUCCUCGUGACCCCUGGCCCCCCUGGAGGGUCACAGCUACAAUAUACCCCCAUCCCCACCCGGCCCACAGAGUCCUCAGUCUUCUCCCCCUCUGGCUCUAGGCCUUCCCCAAUCUACCCCGACAAACACCACCUCACCCCUUCCCCGCGAACCACAGUGGCCGACACCUUACCCUCCCCCACCACGCCCAACCACUACAUCCCCUCACCCUCCUCCCCUGCCACGUCCACCUCCCCUCACCAGAACAUCGACUGGCGCAACUACACCACCUACAAGGACUACAUCGACGCCAAGCGGCUGCACACCUAUGGCUGCCGCACCAUCCAGGAGCGUCUAGACAGCCUGCGGGCGGCAGCCAACCCCAACGCCGCUUACGCACUGCAGCCUGGCCCUCCCAGUGCCAGCGCCUCCUCCCAAGGCCUGGGGGGGUCCCAGAUUAGACCCAGGAGCACGUCCCACGAUCGAGGAUCCUACCAGGGGGCCACUGUGGCUCCACUGCGCAGUGCCUCCCAGGAGAGGCUAGGUGGGGGAGGGCCUGAGAGGACAGCCAUGCCCAGGGACUGGCCCCGGAGUGCCUCCCAGGAUACCCUACCCUCCUCAGCCCUCAUGGGAGUGGCCAAGCCCCGGGCACGCUCCUGCGACUACCUGGGCCGGCAGGGCGAGCCAGCGGCAAUGGUAUCUACAGAGAGGGGAGUGGGAGGGUACAGCAGGGCAGAGCUGGAGGAUAGCCUGCUACUAUACAGGGGUGAGGAGGCCAGAACCAGCAGACACGGGGCAGUGCUGAAACAACUACCCCAGCCUCACAGGACCAGCCUUACAGGCAUGCCCAUCGCAGCCCCUAUGUUCACUAAAGGUACGGCGGAGCCGUUGCUCCCCUCUAGGACAGACAGCCUUGCACAGACAGCCCUCACUAGGCCCUCGCGGUUGCCUGUUAAAAACUCCACCUCGGAUCCAUCGCCACUCUCCUUACCUUCUACCCGGGGCCCCGGUAACAGCAGUGCUAUGGACCUGCUCAAAGACCAAAGAGCCGUGGUAGUGGGUAACCACCUGGGUUACUCUUCCUCGCCCCUGCAGCAGCUACAGCUCCGGGGGCGGGCAGACAGCCUGAGGGAGGAGAGCGGGAGGGAUGUGGGCCUGGGUGCCAGGUCCUCCUCCGGCCCCUCCAAAGUCCCUGUUCAGAGACAGCAGGCCAUCUCUACCUCCACUUCCUCCUCCACUGUUAACAGUACUGUGACCCUCAGGUCAAAGGUCCCCGCCCUGGUGCGGACUAGCGGGAGGCCGUUGGAGGGCGUAGAAGGGCCGGAUGCCACAGUGGUGGUCCUGAGAAGGGAUAAGAACUCGGGACCCCAGCCCAUCCGCCACCCCUCCUACAUCCUGGCUGUAAACGACACCGACUUGGAGACUCCAAUGGAGGUGGGGACUCUAGCAGCUAAGAGGGGAUCGGGGGGCUGGUUAUCCAACGACGUUCAGCGAGACGUGACCAUGAGAAGGCUGGGAGAGCAGCACAAGGCCUCGUGCGCCAGCAACCUGGACGACUCGCUCGACUCCAUCCCCUUCAUCGAUGAGCCGUCCAGUCCAAGUAUUGAUCAUGACACCAGUCACAUUCCCGCUUCAGCUGUGAUAUCUGUUACUCCAAUCGUCACCACCAUCCCACCCAGCCCUACCUCUCCAUCUCCUCUUAUUCGACGACAGCGGUCACAUGACCACGAUUCUCUUCGACUCACAACUAUUGAAUCGGAUUCUGGUACCAAAACGGAGCGGUCCAAAUCCUACGAUGAGGGUCUGGAUAACUACAGGGAAGGGAGGCAAAUACCUGGUCUAAAGGGCCUUAGGAAGGCGACGGUGGACAGGUCUUCAGAAGAUUCCGGAUCCAGGAGAGAUUCCUCAUCAGAUAUCUUCAGUGAUGCUUCCAAGGAGGGCAUGCUCCACUUCCGACAGAUCAACACGGACAAGAGCAAGCGUGUUGGUGGGGGAAUGCGCCCCUGGAAACAGAUGUACGCAGUGCUGCGAGGCCCCUUCCUCUGCCUAUAUAAGGACAAAAAGGAGGGACAGGCUCAUGCCAACUCCCAGGUGGAGGAUGAGCCGCAGCCAAUCAGCAUCAAGGCCUGUCUGAUUGACAUCUCCUACAGCGACACGAAACGCAAGAACGUGCUGCGGCUGACCACGUCGGACUGUGAGUACCUGUUCCAGGCAGAGGACAGAGAAGAUAUGCUGGCCUGGAUCAGAGUCAUACAGGAGAACAGCAACCUGGACGAGGAGAACGCAGCCUUUACCAGCCGUGACCUCAUCAGCCGAAAGAUCAAGGAGUACAACACCUUGAUGAGCCCGACAGGCAGUAAGAACGAACCGUCGCCCAAACCGUCACGCCAGUCGCUGAGCAUCAGACAGACGCUACUGGGAGGGAAGGGGGAAACCAAAUCUCUAAGUCCACACUUACCCAAAGCAGAGCAGGAGAGGAAAAACAUGCACAAAGACGACACCAGUCCACCCAAGGACAAGGGGACGUGGAGGAAAGGUAUCCCAGGGCUGAUGAGGAAGCCCUUUGAGAGGAAGCCUUCUCCAGGCAUCACUUUCGGGGUGAGGCUGGACGACUGCCCCCCAGCUGUCACCAACAGGUUUGUUCCCCUCAUCGUGGAGGUGUGCUGUAACCUAGUGGAGGAGAGAGGGCUGGAGUACACAGGGAUCUACAGAGUCCCAGGGAACAACGCAGCCAUCUCCAACAUGCAGGAGGAGCUCAACAACAAAGGCAUGAACGACAUCGACAUCCAGGAUGACAAAUGGAGGGAUCUGAAUGUGAUCAGCAGUUUACUUAAAUCCUUUUUCCGGAAACUUCCAGAGCCUCUGUUCACCAACGAGAAGUAUGCAGACUUCAUAGAGGCCAACAGGACAGUGGACCCAGUGGAAAGACUGAAAUUGUUGAAGAAGAUGCUUCACGAGUUGCCAGAUCAUCACUAUGAGACCCUCAAGUUCCUCUCGGCUCAUCUGAAAACAGUGGCUGACAACUCUGAUAAAAAUAAGAUGGAACCUAGGAACCUGGCCAUCGUGUUUGGUCCCACUCUGGUGCGCACUUCAGAGGACAACAUGACCCACAUGGUCACCCACAUGCCCGACCAGUACAAGAUCGUAGAGACUCUCAUUCAGCAUUACAACUGGUUUUUCACAGAGGAAGGCAAUGGGGAGCCAGUGACAAUGGCCCGAUAUGAGAAUGCAGUGGAGUCUCAGCCUGUGCCCAACAUCGACCACCUGCUCAACAACAUCGGCCGCACGGCCUCCACGCAGGGGGAAGUCUCAGAUUCACCCACUAGUGACUCUGCUAAAUCGAAGGGUUCCUGGGGGUCCGGGAAGGACCAGUGCAGCCGCGAGCACCUGGUCUCCUCGAUCUUUGCUGCAGCCAACCGCAAAAGAAAGAAGCCCAAGGACAAGCCGCAGCUUAGCAGCUCUGAUGAUGACCUAGACUCAGUGUUCCCUAAGAAGGAGCUCCCUGGCCAGAAGCAGAAUCACAGAGGCCUGGAGGUGGAGCAAGGGAUCAGUGUCAGCCCUGAAGCAAAAGAGCAAGCAAAAACAGGAGAGGAGAAUGGGAGAGGUAUUGAGCUCACGCCCAAAGGCAAAAAGGAGCACAGGAACUCUUUCUUUUUAAGGGAGAAGCCCUCGUCAAGGCAGUCCUCACCUGCCCCCUCACCCAAAAACUCUGGCUCCCCCAGACUCAGUUACCGCACAGCCCCGCUUGGAAAGCCCUCUUUUUCGAACACCCUGUCCCAUCUGGAUGAGCCUACUUCUGAUCUGGGCACCAUGAGCUCUGGGGCUUCCAUGCCCAGGGCACGACCUAAGAAGUGGGUGUCAGGAGCUGCUGCUCCUGAUCUAUCAGUGGCUGGGGCUGGGGCGUCAGCUGGGGCAGAGGUGAGCUCCAUCACCUCAGACUAUUCCACCACUUCGUCCAUCACCUUCCUGACUGCAGCAGACUCUAGCGCACUCAGUCCAGAUGUUCAGGGUGGGGACGAGGCAGAUGACGAGCGCAGCGAGCUUAUCAGUGAAGGCCGGCCCAUGGAGACUGACAGCGAAAGCGACUUCCCUGUGUUUGCUACAGGGGGCGGCAAUGUCCAAACCAUGCCUGCCUUAGUGAAGAACCAGACUGGGCAUGGGCCAGAAAAGCCUGAUCCUGCAGCAGCUGACGGGAAGACGACUCCUAAACUGGAACCCCGUCGCCUCUUUCCCUCCCACAGGCUGAUUGAAUGUGACACACUCUCCAGGAGGCGGUCCCUGCGACAGAAGACAGAUAGCGAGUCAUCAGUAGAGGGUGGGACUGGCAGCGGGGAACGUGUCGAGGGCAGGUCGGAGUCAACACGACUGUCUCGUGUCUUGGAGGUGAUGAAGAAGGGGCAGUCUACCGGCAGCCUCAACUCUUCCUCCCGCAGUGAGUCGGAGCGCCCUCCCGAGCCCGCCUUGCGCCUCAAUAUCACAGAAAGGCUCAAGUUCCGUCUGCGCACAUCUGCUGAUGACAUGUUUGGCGUGGGUGCCCAAAAGAGCCGGUCUUCCCCGGAGACCCGCAGUAAGAAGAAAAACAUCCGGCGUAGGCACACCAUGGGGGGCCAGCGGGACUUUGCAGAACUGGCCGUCAUCAACGACUGGAGGGAGCAAGGCGGGGUGGACCAGGCGGCUGAGCUGUCAGCCAUGGACCGCCUCAAGCCAAAGUGCUCUUCUCAGGACUUCUCCAUUCGGGACUGGAUCGCCCGCGAGCGCUGUCGGGCCGGAGUGUCAGAGUUCAGCAUGGACACCCCACCCAAAGUUGUCCCCGAGGGGAACAGGGCACAAGCCCAGAGUACCACCCCAGAGAGACCCUCUCCCUCUGGCUCCCCAUGCCUUCAGCCCAUGGUGGGGGAGCAAGUGAACGGAGGUGGGCCGCAAGGCAGAAACAAAGCCAGCCUCAACCUGGCGGCUGACGACGCGCACCCACACAAACUGUCAGGAGCACAAGUCGUCCGCUCACGAUUCUAUCAGUAUCUAUGAAACAGCAAGGGUGUGUUGAGUGUACAUGAGUGAGUGCAUGAGAGAACGGGUUUACGUAUGUAUUUAGAUACCUUAGCAAGGGUUACUGCACUUUUUCUUUUCUUUUUUUUUUUUACAAAAUAUAUAUUUUAUAUAUAUCUACUGUACAUAUGUGUAUAGGCUCAUAAGAAAUGUAACUGGAAUGAAGUUAAAAAGGUUUGUUUGUGUAAUCGCUUUAGUUGACUUGGUGUCUUAUACUGGAACAGACAUGAAAAUUCACUUCCAUCCUUGUGCUCAAACCCCAGUCAUAGAAGAAUGUGACAAGAACAUUCAUAGGUGGUUUUGUGUGAUCGACAGCACACAAAUCAAUGGGACAUGAAAGCCUGGACUGUGGUGCAUUAACUUGAGUAUUACUAAGGAAUACAUAUCUAAUUCUACAAGAGGUAGACAUUUUCAAUGUAUAUUUUUAAUUAUGUUGACUAACACAGUUGCUUGUUAGAAUUCUUUUUUUCUUUUUUUUAAUCUGUAUGCUCAUAUUUCUGAGGGCUGCUUUCUGUGCUGUGUACUGUGGGAAGUUAUUUUUACAGUGCAUCAUAGCAGACAGAUAUUUGCUUGAGGGACAGAAUUAUAGUUGUUUUUAUCAAAUAAAUAAAAUGUAGUGCAAUGUAUGAUAGAUGCUUGGUACACUUGCUAAACUGAACCCUCUGUACAAUUCAAGUCCACAUUUUUUCAAAUCUUUAGUAAUGUUUGAUCCUUCAUUAAAGAAAAAGUGCCUCUUGAAUUGAUUUCUGUGAAUAGAUAGUGCCAUGUUUUAUUCCACACUUGUAAACACAAUAUUUUGUUUAAUUACUUAAUUGUAUCAAGGAAACACUUAUUUUACUGUUUUUAAAAAGUAACAUUGUGCAAAAAUCCAAGCUUCCAAGGCAUUCCAGUCUUGUUUUUUGGGUCCUCACUUUUUUUAUUCGCUUCAUGUGAAUUUUAAAUAUUAAGUUCAUAAUUCAAUGUAUGUAUUUCAUGUAUAUAUAUUUUUUUCUUUGUAUUUUUCAAGUGCAGUAAAAAAAAAGCAUGGUUACUUAUGACCUGGGAGAAAUGUUCAUCUCUGAGAACUGCAUGAAACAAUGCUUCCUGGACAGUGAACAUCUUGCCUGUGUGCAGCAAAACAAGGGUGCAACACCCUCAAGAAACACUGGAAAUAAAUCCUCUUUAUUUGA